AUGAAUCCGCCUCAUGAAUCUAAAUCCUUUUAUCCUAGAAAAAUAGACUACCAGAAGCGUAUUACGUUGCAGGCAUCGCGGGAUGUCGAGCACGCGAGACUACCAGAGUUCCUCACGGAAUUGGACCUGUCGAGUCUCGAAGCAUCCGAGGAAGAUGUUGAAGCGCUGAAGAAAAUCGUGAAAAGGCUGGCGCCCGAGAAGAACGGCGAGUACCAAGUUUUCCAAGUCUUCUUCGGUAACGAGGAUCUUCUCAAGGAGUGGCUCAAAGGAGCGGGCGUGACGGGACAGCCCGGGGUGGAUUAUCCAGCCCUCACGUCGAUUCCAGCCACCUCAUUCAGCUGUCGCGGUCUGAGAGGGGGAUAUUACGCGGAUUUAGAGACAAAUUGUCAAGUAUUCCAUAUCUGCGACAAUGGACGCAAGAUCUCGUUCCUGUGCCCCAACGGCACUAUAUUUCAGCAGUCACAGCUUAUAUGCGACUGGUGGUUCAAAGUGGAUUGCAGCAAGUCCGCGGAGCUGUACGAGCAGAGCGCCGAGCAGCUGGCCGAGGAGGAGAAGAAGCGGGCGGACGCGAGGAAGAUGAAAUCCGAGUUCCAUCGCACGGAGGAUAACCCGCCUAAUUACUACGAUAAUCAGAAUGUCGAUUACGACGGCAGGCAGAACGGUCGAACGAAUCCGUACGGCCAGUCCGCCGCCAAUCAGAUUCCGGAGCGCCAAGAGGAACCCAAGUCCGGCCAGCACUUCGGGCCGAACAAUGUUUUCGACAACGCGCGGGAUUCCGGUCGCUACUUCCAGGAGAACAACGCGAACGCGUUGCGCACCAGCGAGAAGACGAGCCAGUCGCCCGAGAACUUUAGUCAGCCGUCGAGACAACGGAAUCGGGACCAUCACGACGGCGGCACGAAUUAUCAGACAGUCAACAGGCAGAGGAAUCAGCUGGCGGACACGCAGAGCGGCAAAUUCAAUUACGAGCACGGGAACAAGUUCCAGGACACGCGACAGAAUUACCAGAACACGCUGAACAACGCGCAGGACUAUCGAGCCGGCCAGAGCGCGGCGGCGCGCAGCAACGAGAAGCCGGGAUUCCGAAAUCCGAAGUCGCGAACCUCAACGUCGCGGAACAAUCUCUUCGGCUCGAGCCAGUCGCAGAAGGUCACGCCGACCUACAUGGAGACGACGACCUUCAGAACGACGACCCCGGCGCCGCCGAGGGAGUUCCAGCAGUUCGCCGAGAGCGCGGCGUUCGUGUCGAAUCGGGGAAAUCGCUUCAAUUCCGGCAAGUUCGACGGCAAUCGGCAGUACUAUUAUCACUCGUACGAGCAACGGGACCGCUCCACGGCCGGCCACGAGACGACCACGUUGACGCCGAGGGAGAGCACGGUGUCCUUCACGCCGAAGACGGGCGCGCCGCCGUUCCCCGGGCCGACAUUCGCACCGAUUUACAAGCCCAGGACGACGACGCUGCCGCCUUACGAGACGACGUUGCAGUACACGCCGACCACCGAGACGUCCUUCUACAGCACGUCUUACUACAGGCAGAACGAUAUUCCGGAAACCACGUACGCCAGCGCCGACACCGAAACCGCGACCGUGACGCCGUCCUCCGCGGAGGAUUACGCGACCACGGCGUCCCUCGCUGCGCACAGCGACUUUCGCACUCCCCCCGCGAUAGGAAGGGUGCCGCCGGCCGCGAACUAUCAAAGCCAGCAGUACGUUAAUAACAGAGUGACCGAGCAGCGGGACACCGAGCGGGACACCGUCUCCUUCGCCACCACGCGUCCUUACGUCAACACAGAGAGUUAUCGACACAACACAGCGAACGCUACGUCGGCCGUCAGCGAGAGCGCGUUCCCCUCGUCGACGCCGUCCUACGAGAACACCCGCGGUCAGACCGCGACGACUCGCGCCAAUUAUCAGAAGGACAACGGCGUGGCGGGUGUCGACGCCAGAGGCACGACGAGGGAUCCUUGGCGCGCGUCCUCGCAGAAUUCGAUCAGCUCGACGGAGAAGCCGUGGAAAAGCACGAGUGUUUAUCAGCAGAACGGCUCCACCAGCAAGACCCUGAGUCCUUACGACACCAGUAUCACGUAUCAGCAAGGGAAAGUGCUGUCCACCCUGGGCCCGUACGUGCCCUUCACGAAAAACUACGUUUACUCCACGAUGACGAGCACGCCGACACCGAAGACGCCGGCCACCGUGCCGAGUCACAGCUCGACGUCGACGAAUUAUCGCACGACGGCGAACAAUCUGAAGCCCAAGGCGACGAGCAAGCCUAAGGAUCGGGCGACUUAUCUGCCGGAAACCAGUAGCAAACGACCGACGACGACCCUGGAGGACAGACCGUACGCCGAGCGGGAGCACGCGCUCAGCAUGCUGCAGUCUCUUCAGGGUCUGGAGAACAGCGCCAACAGUCUAAGCGAGAGCGACAGGAAGGGCGCGUCCGGCCGAAACGUGCAGUUCGCGCCCGGCCCGUCCACUCUGCACUCGCUGGCUCUGUACUUCGCCACCGCCGGCGACAAUUUCGACUCCAACGAGACGAUCGAGUCCACCGCGAGCGUGGAGCGACUGGAGGCCGAGGGCGGUGAAGGGGCCGCCACGCGCAACGCGUCCGUCGAGCUGCCAAUCAGCAUCCUCACGCAGCACACCAUCACCUCGUACGCCGAGCUGUUCAAUCUGAACAACGCGCUCGAGGGCAACGCGACGGCGACGGAGCUCGCGGAGGAGGCGGACGACGCCGGCGGCGCCGAGAUCGACGACGAUCUCGCGAUCGAGCAGAGCGAGGGACCGCUGAACGGCGCGAAGCGAUCGAACGGCACGAAGCUGCGCGAGCUGGCGCAGGUCUUCACUCACGCUCUCUCGGCGUAUCUGCAGGACCCGGACACCUUCAAGAAAGUGCUGACGGAGAUUCGGCCCACGGAACCGUCGCCGACGACGACCGACGGCGGCCAGUUCGAAACGACCACGCUCUAUCCGACCACCGUGGAGGAAUACUCGUCGGUGACGAAGGAGAAGGACGAGGUGCUGGACUUCUCGGACGACACCGACGCCGCCAGAAGACGCAAGCCGUCCACGAUAUUCCCCACCACUUUGCAGCCGCCCGCGACCACCGACAGAUCGUACCCGAUUUACUACACGACGUCGGAUGAUGACGAUUACGCGACCACGCGCAAGCCAGCCUACUAUCCGAGCACGACGCUGCUGCCGCCCGGCACUUCGUACGAUUCCGGCGAGUUUCCGGAAUCGUCGACGCAGGGCGGCAAUACGUUCGCGUUCGAGGUGAACAGCGCUUUCACCACCACCACCGCGAACGACAUUCAGAACUACGACGGCGGCGACGCGAGGGACACGACCGAUCUGUCGCCGAUCUACGACAAUUAUUUCCCGCUGGAGGAGGACACGAAUCGAAAGAAAAUCGGCGGAUUUCACAACAACACGGUGCGAACCUUCCAACCGUACGGCAAGAAUGUCAAGCCGCUCGACGCUACGCCUAUCAGCAAUUACGUGGCGUCGUCGACGCCGGCGUCUUUCGCCGGGACGACCGCGUCCAGCUGGGGCAGAGGCUCCGCCGGCGAGAGACCCGUGCAAAACCUGACGCCGCCUCAUUAUCAACGCUUUGGUAACGUGAGAAGCUUCGAGGUUUCGAACAGCAUCGUGCCGAGUCAGACGGUGCGCCCGACGACGCCCUUGCCGAGAAGCAAAUCCACCCAGCAGACCGGCAGCACCGUGCAGCCCUUCAGAAUACGCUAUUACGAAACGACGACGUUGCCGUCCGAGCAGCGAAAGAGUCCCAGUCCCGAGUCUCUCGUUACGGCUCGCAGCUCGUACGCGAAAUACAGGAACAAUUACAAUCGCAUAGAGGGCGCGCACGUGCCGGCGUCAACGACGGUGGCAACGACGAUCCGUGACAGCGUCGGGACGCUCGAUCCCGUCACCGCGACCGUCAGCGACGCCGAAGUCACGCCGUACACGACCACCGUCGCUCGCGCCACUUCCGGCAAGCAACCGACGUCGACCACUAGACAGUCCACCAGACACUCCAACCUGCUGAACAACGAUCACUGGACCUCCUCGCCGAUGGUCACUCAGCUCUGGGAGACGACGGUGUUCGUGGAUCCGCGGCACAUUAAUCACGGUUUACAGUCGCGCGACGACGCGACCACGCUCGUCGCCGCCGAUAACGCUGUCAGCAAGAAACCCGCCACCGCGGCGACCACCGCGAAAUCGACGACGCGCUCCGCCGAGCAUUCGGAGGCAACGCGGACUACAACGAGCGCACCGAGUACCUGGCAAUGGACGCCGAACGACAACGAUUCGCCGGUGGCGUUCACUCUGCUGCCGACGACCUACGCCGCGGAGAACACGGCGACGCCGACGCCGAUCAUCACGACGCGAUCCAGCAUAACGACGACGAUCACCUCGUCGGUGACGUCAACCAACUCCCGGGACAAUCUGGUGUCCACGCUGCUGCCCUUCGCGGUGACCGCGAACAACGCGCUGAACGCUACCGAGAACGAAGUGAUCAAGGCGCACGAGAUGUUCGGUCGGUUGAACGAGACGAGCUCCAACACGCUGAUGCGUGUGAUGCAGCAGGCCGACAGCAACGCGAUGGUGAGGCAGCUGGUGCUGCUGCUGAUCAGCCAUUGCAACGGGCCGAGGAACAAAACGUCGGAGCAGGAAAAGGAGCAACUGCUCGACGCUCUUCUGAGGAUGCCUGUUAACGAGUUCAGUUCCGAGGAAUCGCGGGAAAUUGUCGCCGGUAUCAGCAGACUUAAUCUUCCUCUUGUCAAAACACGAACGACUUCGUCAAAUUCCACGACGACGAAGACACCGCGAUCGACGUCCGUAAAACCUACGCCUUCCGCACCAUCCAUCACGACCUUCCGCAGUAGAACGGGACGAAAGUUCCGCACAACCACCGAGAGCGCGAACGGGUUCGCCAGAAGAUCGGACGAGGCCGUGCCGGACGCGAACAAUUCCUUAUCGGAGGACGAGGCCAUCGCGUCCGAUAGCCGAGCUCUCGAGCUUCUUAGGUCGCUCUACACGAUAGCUGCUAAGUGGGGCUGAGGAGCCGCACAAUCGACGACCGAUCGGAACUACGCGCGCGUCGGCAGACUCGCGAGAUGCAGAUCUCGCUGGAGUACUAGAAGACGUCCAUCUGUCGAUACAUCGUAGAGUAGAUCGUUGCUGUCACCGUGUCACUCCGACUAACCUCAAAAUCGAGGGCUCGAAAUCGAGCCCGAACGGUGAAUCUCGGUUUUGAUCUCGGCCCAUAAAUCGAUGCAACAAAUAAGAAUUUGAAUCUGCAAAUGUUACCGCGAGAGAAAUAUCGCACUUCCCAAUAGUAUUUGAUUAUCGUUCAGAAAUCGGUAAUGUGUUGAUCGCUAAUUCCGACGCGUUCCAAGAUUGAUCGCUAUUACACUUGUGCAGCAGAGAGGAAUUGGGAAAUUGAGUUUCGGCUUGUUCUCAGAUCGAUAAUACGCCGCUGCGACAAUGAAGUUCGAUUUAACUUGGGGCCGAGAUUGACACCUGCGCUCGCGGAUAUUAAGUAGGUCGUACAACGACCGGUUUCAGAUUGUGAUCCGAGUUGGCUGCUUGGUACCCGCGACCGAGCGUAACUCGUGUCGGUUAAUAUGCGGAGUCCCGAUCGAUCAUCGAUCGACAAAAUCGCAGUAUAAUAAUUAACCGGUUGUAGUCCGACGUUAAGAUUAUGUAUUGCUCGCCGUCCUUUUCAUUACGAAUAAAACAUCGAUCGCCUCGAAGCAUCGGCAACUAUUACUUGCAAAAAAUGCCUGCCAUACUUCGUCCCUCCUGUUCAGCGGACGCUGAACGUAUUAAAUAUUCAAUUUCACUUUUUCUCAUUGUCUUAAUAACUUUAAAUAUUAUGCAAGAUAUUUUACUUAUUUUUAAUGUGCAACAAUAUAACAAGAUUCGCAAUAAUAUAUAAGAUUCGUUUAAUUGUAUUGAACAAUCAUCCAAGCGCAUUACCACGCUAUAUCUACGUUUGUAAAAAAAAUUCAACGAAAUUUCACGUAAUUGUUUUAAUUUAAAUCUUGCAAUCGUGCAAUCGAUGCACAAAGAUGCAAUUAUACCUGGAAUGAGAAAUUAAUUCAAACUGCUGAUAUAGAACUUGAGAGAAACGUUAACAUUGUCGAUUUCAUUAUAUUCAAAGCGUAAUUAUAUUCAUGUAAAACGAUAAUUGUUCUGCAUGCGCAAAGGGGUAAGGAUUUUGUACGACUCGUCCUACACUCCUCUCGCAAUGUUACCAGGUAUAUCCUCAAUUUGCAACUUGUCUUUGUUGAAUUACACGCGUAAUUGGCAGAAUGUGAUGGCACGUGGUGAAUUGCACUUGUACGCUUAUGGUUAUUCGUACCGGUUGAGUUCUACGUGGCACAAUUCCACCUUUUCAAUGAGACCACUUUCCGGCCUCUUACGAAACCCGCGUUAAUUCUCAGACCGUAUUAAUUCAUUCUCCUUCAGCGGUAUUAAAUUGAUGUUCGCGAGUUGCGCGUUGCGUACGAAUCUCCAUCAGCCGAAAACUGCCGUCGAACUCAUGUACGUUCAGUAUUACGAAAAGACUCCUGGGAGGGUUCCGCCCAGCUUUUGCCGACGGAUCCGUGAAAUUAUUUAUUCAACUUCGCUAAUGCGAUUCCUACGUACCGGCUAAAACAGUAAGCUACUUGUAUCUUGAAAUUACGGUGUUGGUAAACGUUCUCUUUCGUUUUGGCGGUUCGAGGUCGGCGAUGCGCUUCCGUUGCGAUCCCGAAACGUCCAAACGGGGUUCCUAGGUCAUUAUUUAAGUACGCGAUUUAGCGUGUAGUUGUGUCGACUUUAUGUAAUAUACCUUUGUACAGUAUGUGAAUAAAUAUAUACAGGAUUUUGUUUACCUGUG